GUUGAAUUUGAUAAACAAAUGAAGAACCGGCUUAAAAAUAAUCAAGUUUAAUCGGUUUAAUCUAAUUUCUGUUCCUUAAAUACUUUUAAUUGUUAAGUUUAGUCUUCGCCAUGAUCCACGACAUCCUGUUUACGUUGUUUUCCUCGAAUUCGGACCUCCCGAUCGAGAACUUCACGAUUCCGGAGGUCGCGUCCACCUUCCUGCACCCGGGAGAGAUCCAAAUCCUGGAGGACCUCAUCCGCAUCGCGAAUCAAUACAAGGAACUGAAAAAGUUCGUCCAACACUACGGCACCCAAUCGGCGGGGUUGAUCAAGCCGAAGCAGCAGAAACCGUCGGAGGAACCGCUGCCGCAAGGGCUGUAUCUGCAGGCCCUCGCCGACGGGCUGGAUCUGGCGGUGAAGCCGUACCGCGAUUUGAUCGUCCAGCUGGAGGCAAACUACCUGAAGCGGCCGAACUUGUCGCUGAUCUUCAUUUACCACCAGGUUUCUCAGUAUCAGUCGCUGUUUGGGUUUUUGCUGCGACUGGUCAGCGGAGUCGUUACGCAGCGGAUUCAUGGGUGUGCCCUGCUGCAGUACCUGCAGCAGCAUUGUCUGCAUGGGGACGAGCGGAACUAUCAGGCGGUUAAGUUGAUUCAAAACUCCGUCUACGCGAUCUUCAUCAAGCAGCUGUUUGGGUGGCUGCUGCACGGCAAGUUUGUCGACCAGUUUGGCGAGUUUUUCAUCCAGCACGUGGACAACACACGGAGCAGCCCCUCCGCGGCGGGAACUCCGUCCGUGUCGGUGAACUCGUUCUCGGACAACGCCAGCAUCAACACGGAGCUGUGGCGGUACGAGAUUCGGCGGGAGAUUUUACCGUACUACUUUCCGGCCAGCUGGGCCGAGAAGGUGCUGUUUAUCGGGCAGACGGUGCUGAUGCUGAACUGCGACCCGCGGGAUAGUGCGGAGAAGCGGAUGAUUGGUGGUGGGGAGAGGAAGGUCGCUUGCGAGAAGCGGUUUGCGACGGUUAAGGAGAGCUUGUGGGGCGAGCAGGAGUACGAGUUCUUCAAGAAGUUCCAUCAGCUUCAGAUGGAUGAGAAUUUGAACAUUGCCAAGUUUGAGCACAUCGUGGACGAGAUUAAGGUCCGGGUUACGGAGCAGAUGUCCGAGAUCGCCAUUAAGGAGGCGGAUUUGGUGAAGCAGUUGAAGCUGAUCAAGGAUUACUAUCUGUUGGGACGGGGAGAACUCUACUCGGAACUGCUCAAGCAGACCAAAUCGAUGCGACUGGCCGCAAACAGCGUCAACAUCACGGAAGAUAUCGAGCAGUUCUCGUUCGCGCUUCCCCCGAAGGACGAAGUGGAAAGCGCCUGUUACGAAACCAAGAGCAUUCUCAGCUACAUUACGCUCAAGUACAAGGUAAAGUGGCCACUCCACCUGCUUUUUUCGCCCAAAACCCUCGACAAGUACAACGAGAUGUUCCGGUUUCUGCUGCGCAUCCGGAAGAUCCAGUACGACAUCCACCAGGUUUGGACCUUCCAGCGGGAGAGUAAAAUCAAGAAAAACUCCGAACUGCUCCAGUUCCGCAACAAGCUGAUGUUCCUGAUCGACAACCUGCAGUACUACCUGCAGGCGGACGUCCUGGAGAGCCAGUUCAGCAUCCUGAUGGCCGCGAUCGGCGAAACGAAGGACUUUGAACGGAUCCAACGGGCGCACACGGUCUUCCAAGCGAACGUGCUCAGCUUGUGCUUCCUGAUGUCGAACAACAGCGCAAGCGACAUGACCAACACGACCGGAGUCAUCCACGUCAACGAGAACCCGGUGCUAACAAUCCUCGAUAAGGUGCUGGUCCUGGUGGACAAGUUCUGCUCGUUCUGCACCAGUUGCAAAGAUCCGAUGACGAAGAUCGAGCGGCAAGAGUUCAACGGUUACGAUCAAGCCUUCAAGAACCACGUGGACUCCCUGCUGAAGCUGUUGAUCGGCCUCAAGGCCGGCCCGAGCAGUGCCCCCCUCUCCCAGCUGCUCCUCCGGCUGGACUUUAACCACUGGUUCAGUAACAACUCGCAAACUGCUUCGUCUUAAAACACUCGCUCUCUUUAUUGAUCAACCUCCAUCGACUGCAGGUGGGCCUUCAUAAGGAUACACUUGGUCAUUACGCACUCGCACGGUAAGCUGUGCUCUUCCUUUUCCGCGUCCAGCAGCGUCAGCUGCAGGUUGUAUCUGCAAAAUAAACAUUGUUACAAACUUAA